AUGUACAAGCGUGCGUCUCAAAUAGGGAACAUUCUGAGGAAGAAGAAGGAAAAAUUGAAGGGUAAGGGAAGUAGGUCUAGUACAAAUUCUGGGUUUAGGGAAGACGCGAAGCCUACUAAGCCAUUACUGGACCGAUAUGGCAAUGAAAGGAAGGGAAAUAAAGAGUAUGAAUGCUACAUCAAAAAAGGGAGUGGGAGUCAACAGCUGGGUGGGCAGCACCGACAACAAAAUUUGAAUAACUCCGAAAGGCAAGUCAACCUGCAGUACGGAAAUGGUAAUCAUGGAAACACUGCUCAGAGGUUUCAGCGACCUAUUAGUGGGGGACAAGGCCGGGUGGAUGGAAACCGGAUCGAAGGGUCAGGUAUGCAACGUGGGGGUAAUCAAGUGGAAGGAAUAAAUGCACAGCCAUUUGGUGGACGGGUAACUGCGGUCAGUGCAAGGGAAGCUGACCAAGCAACGGAUGUAGUUACAGGUACGUUCACCAUCCAUUCUGUAGCUGUUAAUAUACUUUUUGACGCGGGUGCAACAUGUUCAUUUCUUGCAAAGAGUAAAGUAGAGGAGUUGAAUUUAGGAACAUUUGAAAAAGUUUCUCAUAUAGUGGCUGUUCCAUCGGGAAGAUUGUACAAUUGUGAUAGAUUGUAUAAGGAAGUGCCCUUAAGAAUAGGGAAGGUCAUUUUUCCUAGUGACUUGUAUGUGUUAGAUAUGGAAGGCUUAGAGGUAAGUUUUGGGAUGGACUGGUUAGGAAAAUAUAAAGCCACUACAAAAUGUAGGGAGCAGAGAUUGACGCUAUAUCGAAAAUUUCAAAAAGGACCCCGAACGAAUUUGGUGUCGACCUUAGAAUUGCAAAGACUCAUGAGGCAAAGACACCCUGUGUACUUAUGUCAUAUCAGCCAAGUGGGGAAGAAGGAGGAGGAUCCUAAGAAUAUUGCGGUUGUGAAUGAAUUUAAAGAUGUUUUCCUUGAUGAAAUUCCCGGCAUGCCACCUCAACGGGAAAUUGAUUUCACAAUAGACUUGGUGCCUGGGACGGGACCGAUUUCUAAGGCCUGUUAG